GAGAGGAGACGGCUGCAGAAUGACAUACUGCAGCUCAACACCUACGUGGCUUUGUUCACAUUCACACCCCAGGAAAGUGAAGACCUGGAGAUGAGGUCAGUGGGAUCCACACACACGCACGCACGCACGCACGCACGCACGCACGCACGCACGCACGCACGCUCGCUCGCUCGCUCGCUCGCUCACUCACUCACUCACUCACUCACUCACUCACUCACUCACUCACUCACUCACUCACUCACUCACUCACUCACUCACUCACUCACUCACUCACUCACUCACUCACUCACUCACUCACUCACUCACUCACUCACUCACACACUCACACACACACUCACACACACACACACACAUUUUCUUUGUAAUCACAUUGUGUUAACAAUUACCUUUGCUCCUUUUGAAUGUCUAACACAUACUGUGUUUACCUAGAUAAGCAGGCAGGCGUCACGAAAUGCAUGCUCUAAUCACUGCUCAAUAGAUAUUUGUCAGUGUUCUUCUCUAAUACAAGAUGAACAAACAUUGUAUUUUUUGUUACGCAUCAUAAUUUCAUUUUCUGUGAUUUGUGUGAUCUUCCGUUUUAUACCUGCUCAGUUUAACAACCGUAACAACCAUCUCUUAAUCAUACACUCUCAGAAAAAAAGGUAUCGAAUUGAACGUACAGUUUUUCUCAAUCGUGUACAAGCAUUUUUUUGAACAAUAUUGUUGACACACAACUCUGUGGCCUUUUGCGAAACAGUACAUGUGUUUUCAAAAUGUAGUUGCCUUCUCAAAACAUAAAUACAUUAAUCAAAAAAUUGCAAAUACAUUCAUCAAAAAUAUUAAUUAAAAAGAUUAACGCAAACGUACAUAUCUCUUGAGUACAAGCAGACAAAACAAAGUUUGUAAAAAAUACAAGUAGAUCAAUACAUUUUCUUUGCGGUCACUAAAUCAUGAUGAUCAAAAUUGGAAGUACAACUAUCCAAAGGUGCAGAAUUAUGGGCAAUUACUCUCCUUUUCAUGCAUAUUUCACCAAACCAUUUCAUACACAUCAAAUAUUAUUCCUGAUUUUAAAAGGAAGAAGAAAAAUCACAUUGUGUAAAGGAUUCAUUCUUUGGUAUCAUCACAAUCCAAAUCCAUGUAUUCAAUACAUAGACUGGUUUGCUCAUAGUUUUGUAGACUUUCCAUUGGCGCACAGAAACACAAUUCACAAUUGAAAUAAGGAAGGGUGAAUACAAUGGAGGAACACAACUGAUAUGAAUGUAUUGGCCUCCACACCAAAGCAAAGCUCUAAAAUGAAGGUCACAAUGUUAGAGACGAUAACUUAGGAGUAACCCAAAGUUACUUAGAAGUAACCCAACUUCAGUCUCUGCAUCUCUGCAUGUCCGCAAUAUUGUAAAAAAUCAUACAAAUUUGACAGGCCCCAUUUGCCUAGAUACAGUAUUUCUCUAUAUUGUACAUGGUAUGACACUGAUGGAGUGAUUUAGAAUUUUGUGCAGUACUAGUUCACUGAUUGCCGGAAACAGUAAACACAAUUGCACACAUUUCUCUUCUGAUGAAAACAAUGUGUUAAUAUUCGGUGAACAAAACACUUCAAGCAGCAAUCAGCAGUUGAAACAAAGCAAUCUCCCCACCCCUAUUUCAGUAAAAAGCUGACCAUCUAUGAUAUCAAAAUUAUAGUUUUUAACCAUGUUUUGAGGCUAUAUAGUGUGUUUAAAUGUACUUUGUUUACAAGCAUAGGAGGAAAACAAGCUUAUAUUUUGGGUUCUAAAGUUAAAAACAUUGAUGUUGCAAGUGCAGAUUUCCCCUUUAACAGUGCAUUUUGUAUUCACUGAUGACAUUUGAAUUUAAAGUUUAGGAAAAGGUGGUCUAAGAUAUGCAAGUCAGGUACAAAGCCAAGAAAAGUAUCAGAAGUUCUGUAAAUGUAUUUAAGCAUUUGAUCAAUGCUAUUCUGCUAUAGAUACGUUUCAACACAGAUCCAAAAACUGCUUGUACGUGAUUAAGAAAAACUGUAAAGCUGAGAUCCGCAAAAGUUGAAACAGCGCCACUGGUCGCCCCAGGCGCAUUUGUUAUUGUUUUUGUGUUGUUAACUAAAUGGAGGUGAGGCGCGUCCAAACGGAGGUGAGCAGCGUGGUACAAAAAUGUACAGUACAUAUUCUUCUGUUCUAUCAUGCGUGCAAAAAACAGUGUUUGUUGUUUGCAGUAACUUCUUUGUUGUUGUAAUAUCCCAAACUAACGUGGCAGUUUCACCAUUAACACUAGAACCGCUGGGCCUUGAGGGCCCUUCUUUGAGCUAAUGAACGGUUAUUAUGACUGCAACAUUCUGAAGGUGUAAUCAAAACAUUUCAUAUAUGCUAUCGCAACAAUAAUAAUUUGGUUGUGUUUAUGAAGGUCUUAUGUAACAUUAGAUACAAAAAAAUAUUUCAAAUAACACAAUUGCAUUUUCAUUAGUUUAUGUUACCAUAGGCUAAAUGCUAAAACAAAAAAAUAUAUAACCCCAAAAAAUUAUAGUGUUCAAAAUGUUAUGCGGUUGCAGUUUCUUAUUAUAACAAAAAAAAUAUAUAUAUAAUGCAUUCGGAAAGUAUUCAGACCCCUUGACUUUUUCCACAUUUUGUUACGUUACAGCCUUAUUCUGAAAUUGAUUAAAUUGUUUUUUCCCCUCAUCAAUCUACACACAAUAACCAAUAAUGACAAAGCAAAAACAGGUUUUUAUAUUUUUUAGCAAUUUUAUAUUUAAAAAAAAAAUGAAAUAUUUCUAUUUACAUAAGUUUUCAGACCCUUUACUCAGUACUUUAUUGAAGCAUCUUUGGCAGCGUUUACAGCCUCAAGUCUUCUUGGGUAUGACGCUACAAGUUUGGCACACCUGUAUUUGCGGAGUUUCUCCCAUUCUUUUCUGCAGAUCGUCUCAAGCUCUGUCAGGUUGGAUGGGGAGCGUCGCUGCACAGCUAUUUUCAAGGUCUCUCCAGAGAUGUUCAAUCUGGUUCAAGUCCGGGCUCUGGCUGGGCCACUUAAGGACAGUCAGAGACUUGCCCGAAGCCACUCCUGCGUUGUCUUGGAUGUGUGCUUAGGGUCGUUGUCCUGUUGGAAGGUGAACCAUCACCCCAGUCUGAGGUUCUGAGCGCUCUGGAGCAGUUUUUUAUCAAGGAUCUCUCUGUACUUUGCUCUGUUCAUCUUUCCCUCGAUCCUGACAAGUCUCCCAGUCCCUGCCACUGAAAAACAUCCCCACAGCAUGAUGCUGCCACCACCAUGCUUCACCGUAGGGAUGGUGCCAGGUUUCCUCCAGACGUGACGCUUGGCAUUCAGGCCAAAGGGAGAAUCUUGUUUCUCAUGGUCUGAGAGUCCUUUAGGUUCCUUUUGACAAUCUCCAAACGGGCUGUCAUGGGCCUUUUACUGAGGAGUGGCUUCCGUCUGGCCACUCUACCAUAAAGGCCUGAUUCGUAGAGUGCUGCAGAGAUGGUAGGCCUUCUGGAAGGUUCUCCCAUCUCCACAGAGGAACUCUGGAGCUCUGUCAGAGUGACCAUCGGGUUCUUGGUCACCUCCCUGACUAAGGCCCUUCUCCCCGAUUGCUCAGGUUGGCCGGGCGGCCAGCUCUAGGAAGAGUCUUGGUGGUUCCAAACUUCUUCCAUUUAAGAAUGAUGUAGGCCACUGUGUUCUUGGGGACCUUCAAUGCUGCAGAAAUUUUUUGGUACCCUUCCCCAGAGCUGGGCCUCGUCACAAUCCUGUCUCGGAGCUCUACCGACACUUCCUUCGACCUCAUGGCUUGGUUUUUGCUCUGACAUGCACUGUCAACUGUGGGACCUUAUAUAGGCAGGUGUGUUCCUUUCCAAAUCAUGUCCAAUCAAUUGAAUUUACCACAGGUGGACUCAAAUCACGUUGUAGAAGCAUCUCAAGGAUGAUCAAUGGAAACAGGAUGCAGCGAAGCUCAAUUUCGAGUCUCAUAGCAUAGGGUUUGAAUACUUAUGUAAAUAAGGUAUUUCUGUUUUUUAUUUUUAUACAUUUGCAAAAUUUUCAAAAAAACCUGUUUUCACUUUGUCAUUAUGGGGUAUUGUGUGUAGAUUGAUGAGGAAGAAAAUAAAUUGCAUCAAUUUUAGAAUAAGGCUGUAACGUAACAAAAUGUGGAAAAAGUCAAGGGGUCUGAAUACUUUCCGAAUGCACUGAACAAAAAUAUAAACGCAACAUGUAAAGUGUUGGUCCCAUGUGCUGAAAUAAAAUAUCCCAGAUAUUUUCCAUAUGCACAAGAAGCUUAUUUCUCUUACAUUUUGUGCACAAAUGUGUUACAUCCCUGUUAGUGAGCAUUUCUCCUUUGCCAAGAUAAUUCAUCUACCUGACAGCUGUGGCAUGUCAAGAAGGUGAUUAAACAGCUUGAUCAUUGCACAGGUGCACCUUGUGCUCGGGACAAUUCAAGGCCACCCUAAAAUGUGCAGUUCUGUCACACAACACAAUGCCACAAAUGUCUCAAGAUGUCUCCUGACUGCAGGAAUGUCCAACAGAGCUGUUGCCAGAUAAUUGAAUAUUGAAUAUUAUUGAAUAAAAAUUUCCCUACCAUAAGCUGCAUCCAACAUCGUUUUAGAGAAUUUGGCGGUACGUCCAACUGGCCUCACAACCGCAGACCACGUGUAACCAGGCCAGCCCAGGACCUCCACAUCUGACUUCUUCACCUGCGGGAUCGACUGAGACCAGCCACCUGGACAUCUGAUGAAACUGAGGAGUAUUUAUGGCUGUAAUUCUGAUUGGCUGGGCCUGGCUCCUCAGUGGGUGGGCCUGGCUCCCAAGUGGGUGGGCUUAUUCCCUCCCAGGCCCACCCAUGGCUGCACCCCUGCCCAGUCAUGUGAAAUACAUAUAUUAGGGCCUAAUGAAUUUAUUUCAAUUGACUUUUUUCCUUCUAUGAACUCAGUAAAAUCUUUGAAAUUGUUGCAUGUUUCGUUUAUAUUUUUGUUCAGUGUAUAUACCCCAACCACCAAGAUGCACAGUCAACAAGAUGCACGGCCAAAUGAUGAAAACAUCAGUAGCCUAAACAUCUUUAUAAGCACCAAGUGUGCUUGAUAAAUAGUGAAAAUCAGCACAAAAGCAAAAAUGGCAUUAUAAUGAGUAUACUGUUAAGUGUCGAUAUGACGGCAGUCAAAAAUAGUCUGUUAUUGUCAGCUCGUGCUUACAUGGUGUGCAUCUUCACGCAAUGGCAUCAGUUGGAGCAUGUCCAUGUCACAUAAACAACAAAAGCUGGUGAGUGCUUUGCUGAUGUUGUUUUUUGCUUGAGAUGUAGGGCCUGCUCUCUCAGUCAGGACAUUUUGUGCUGAUAAUCGGCCCGUAGCAUUGUCACCGGCUGGUUGUAUAUGUGUGAAAUUAGUUACGGUAUAGUUUAGGUUAAAUUUCUAGGCAUUUAUCGAGGUGAUUAUCAACUGUGCACCUUCAACUGUUGGGUGAUGGAGGGGAGCAGGUCCUACUGUCGGGAGAAUGAGGGGCAUUCAAGAAAUGGCAUGCCCUCCUAAACUGGUUAUAACUCUAGCCCAAAGGCCAGCAGAUGGCGAUAUUGAGUCGUGUCAUCUUACCGUCCAAAUAGAUUGUAUGCAGCCGGCAAUACAUUCGUAUCCCUCGUGGACCGGAUCAUACCUAAAACAUUCUCCAUUCAGGCUGCAUAUGCUUCGAUUUCCUCCUUAACUUUAUUUAAUGUUGAGAAGGCGAAAAAAACGAAAAUGCUAAAAUUGUCUGCAACUCAAACAUAUAUAGCUACAGAUCUUCCCUGAGAACAGUCUUGGAUUCCACUAAUGCGAUGCUGCUAAUGCAGCAGGUGCAAAAGAAAAGGAACCCCUGUUCUGAUAGUUUCAACCUGAUUGGCUGAACGCGAUUCACAACAUCCGGGAUUAGCAUUUAGCUACUCUAGCAUGGUGGGGGAAAAUUGUGUUUCUCGGUGUAGUAACAAACCCCCACCUCGCAACCUAUGCGACCCCAAAAUGUUCACACCCCUCUUGUUUGCGUAGAGAACAUUUUGCAGUUUUAAAGUUCAUUUCCUGCAAUUCUAUACAACGCUAUGAGUCCCACAUAGUGGUUAGUAUCAGCGGAUACAGAAGAAAUAAACGAAUCCAAUGCACAAAAAAAAACACACAAUGUUUAAAAGGGAUUGGAAGCACUAAAUCACGCCGGCGUGAUUGUGGGGCUCAUAGCGUUGUAUAGAAUUGCAAAAUGUUCUCUAUGCAAACAAGAGGGGUGUGAACAGUUUGGGGUUGCAUGGGUUGCGAGGUGGGGGUUUGUUACUACACCGAUAAAUGACUAUCUCCAUCCGGACCUUUGUCACCUAGGAAAUUAGUGUGACCGGACCUUCUCAAAUAGUAGUUGAGUAUCCCUGCUAUCGAGGUACCAUUAGUUAUAGGUACUGUUAGGUUCUAAACGAACAGAGUAAAACUCACGGACGAUUAGUAAAGCUCAACCAAGUUUAUUCACCCACUGGGUCCCACAGCUGCAUAAGACAAAGACAUGUUUCCACCAGCACAAGUAUAUAUACCCCAAUUUGGGUGAAGUAUCCUCCCUUCCCUCUAAACAUUACAUGUUUAUUGCUAGGCAGGAAGUUAAGUGAUGCGGGCAAUAAACUGUUCCUUCUCCCUUAAUGUGACCUGACCUCAUUCCUCACUUCUCACUGAUCCACAGCUAUCCACCCUUAUCAGUGACUGCAACCAUGUGAUUGCUUCCACCAUAUACAUUCCUCCUACAGAUAACAAUUGACUUCUGGUGUAGAAACCAGACUAUGGCACUUCUCAUUUCCAUAGGAUACUUGAUAAUUAACAAUAACAUGUUAUGCCAGUACUUACACGUCCUGCAUUCCUCUCUCUCCCUCUGUGACAUGAUUAAGGAUAUUUCUAGUUUAUAAGUCAGAACCCAUCAGUACAUAAUUGUACCCUUGCAGUUCGUACCUUCAAAGAUCCAAAAGGUACAAAUUUACCUUUUUAGGGUACCACCACAGUGACAAAGCUGUGUGUUCCUAUUAAGUGGCAAAAAUGUACCUCUUCUCUAUACCAAGACCCUCACGUGUACUCCACCAUCCCACUUCUGACAUCAAUGUAGCAAAUUCAGUGGGUAGCCCCGACCGGGACUCGAACCUGGGUCCAGCAACUGUCAAGCCAACAACUUAACCAUUACGCCAAAAGGUCUGUACCUCUUGGCAAGGUCGCUCAGUGUUGGCUUAAGGUUGCUACAAUAUUAAUGCAGCUCUUUGUCACAUGCUCUUGUGAAAGCCUUUAUAAGGUCUUAUCUCCCGAGUGGCGCAGUGGUCUAAGGCACUGCAUCGCAGUGCUAGCUGUGCCACUAGAGAUCCUGGUUCGAAUCCAGGCUCUGUCAUAGCCGGCCGCGACCGGGAGACCAAUGGGGCGGCGCGCAAUUGGCCCAGCGUCGUCCAGGGUAGGGGAGGGAAUGUCCUGCAGGGAUGUAGCUCAGUUGAUAGAGCAUGGCGUUUGCAACGCCAGGGUUGUGGGUUUGAUUCCCACAAGGGGUAUGAAAGAUAAAAAAUAAAAAAUGUAUGCAUUAACUGUAAGACAUAUAUUAACUGGCAGACAUAUCAGUAUGGAUGACGGAUCACCACCUAAAGCUGAACCCUGGCAAGACGGAGCUGCUCUUCCUCCCGGGGAAGGACUGCCCGUUCCAUGAUCUCGCCAUCACGGUUGACAACUCCGUUGUGUCCUCCUCCCAGAGUGCGAAGAGCCUUGGCGUGACCCUGGACAACACCCUGUCGUUCUCCGCUAACAUCAAGGCGGUGACCCGCUCCUGCAGGUUCAUGCUCUACAACAUUCGGAGAGUACGACCCUGCCUUACACAGGAAGCGGCACAGGUCCUAAUCCAGGCACUUGUCAUCUCCCGUCUGGACUACUGCAACUCGCUGUUGGCUGGCCUCCCUGCCUGUGCCAUUAAACCCCUACAACUCAUCCAGAAUGCCGCAGCCCGUCUGGUGUUCAACCUUCCCAAGUUUUCUCACGUCACCCCCCUCCUCCACACACUCCACUGGCUUCCAGUUGAAGCUCGCAUCCGCUACAAGACCAUGGUGCUUGCCUAUGGAGCAGUGAGGGGAACGGCACCUCUGUACCUUCGGGCUUUGAUCAGUCCCUACACCCAAACGAGGGCAUUGCGUUCAUCCACCUCUGGCCUGCUGGCUCCCCUUCCUCUGCGGAAGCAUAGUUCCCGCUCAGCCCAGUCAAAACUGUUCGCUGCUCUGGCACCCCAAUGGUGGAACAAGCUCCCUCACGACGCCAGGACAGCGGAGUCACUCACCACCUUCCGGAGACAUUUGAAACCCCACCUCUUUAAGGAAUACCUGGGAUAGGAUAAAGUAAUCCUUCUACCCCCCCCCCCCCCCCCCCCCAAAAAAAAAAUGUGUAAAGUGGUUAUCCCACUGCCUAUAGGGUGAAUGCACCAAUUUGUGAGUCGCUCUGUUUAAGAGCGUCUGCUAAAUGACGUAAAUGUGCCCUUGAGCAAGGCACUUAACCCUAAUUGCUCCUGUAAGUCGCUCUGGAUAAGAGCGUCUGCUAAAUGACUAAAAUGUAAAUGUAAAUGUCUUUAGAACUGGCAGCAGACAUGCUCAAACUUUAACCAACAUAAACAUAGAACACUUAAACUGGUACAACACUUCCCCUCAGGAGUGGUCAGAAAUAACUAACUGAAAACUACGUCCCUACUAAGCCACGCCUCCAAGGAUUGUACUUUUAUAUUCAAAAUAUUGGGGACAAAAAUGUACCAUAAUACUACAUAAUCCACACAUGUACCCUAAAAGGUACUGAACCGUAUCAUGUGAGAUCACUCUGAAGGUACAUUAUGUGUAUUUAUAUUUUUGUACCCCAGGGAACAAUACUGUACCCUAACUGUACCCUAUUUUCACAGAGUGUAAACCAAACAUUAACUGAAAAGAAUGCAUUAGAUUAUAAAGAUAUUGUUAUAUGAAUACGGUUGUGAUUUGACCUGAUGACAAUAUGAUGUGAUAGAAAGAUGGUUAUGAGACAAAUGUCUCUGUCUCUGAUAUUUUCUGAAACCUGUGGUAAACUGCCAAUUGUCUGGACUACCUAAACGUUAACAGAUAGGGAACCCUUUUUAUGGCACUUUUCGGGUUUCUAUCUCAACAGCCCUUGGCCCUAAGUAUCCAUUUUACUACAUCGUUCCCUCAGUAAUCCUGAUAGUCUUCUCUCGGACACUCCAAUAUUCUGAGAUCCUCCUCCUUGCUCCCUAGCCUAGACAGAUUUCAAUCAUACCACACUUAAUUUGAAAUGUAUUGACACCCACAGCACAGCAUGACUCCUAGCCCACAAAUAGCUGCUGUACAGUUGCCCACUGCUGCAAGUGUUGUUUUAAAUGUUUUCCAAUGAAAGCCAAGCUAGACAGGAUCAAGGUCUCAGGAUCCCAAUACAGACCUUAAUCAAUACUUUAGACGGACACAAAAAAAAUCACAAUGUAGGCACCCUCAUCAAAAGCGGGAACAUUUCAAUCUCUUUUUACAUUACAUGUUGUGAACAUUUGACACCUGGCUUGUGAUAACUUUCUUUGGCAUUUUUUGAUUAGCCUAUUGCUACAUGAUUAUGAUGGUGAUGAUGAAUUCUAAAAGCAUGAUUCCAAACAUAUUCUGAUUGGCUAUAUACAUAAUUGUUCAAAAUCAACUGUCUUUUUAAAAUUAAUUAAUUUGUUCAAACUAAACAGUCCUGAUUAGGGUAGCAAAAUUCCUGUAACUUUCCCAAAAUUCCCAUGUUUUCCAGAACUCCUGGUAGGAGGAUUCCCGGAUUUCCUGCUUAUUCCCUCGUAAUUCCAGGAAUCCUUUUAACCAGGAUAUAUGGAAAAUGUAUAUAUAUGAAAAGCAACCCUAGUCCCAAUUCAAUCGACAUCAUGUUUAAAAGAGACGUAUGACUUGAGGAAGCAACAAGUCGUAAAUGAAACAACAUUAUUUCAGGUUUGUCUUUCUUAUUGUCAGAUGAGAUCUCAUUUAGAGCACCAGAGCUCUAUUCUCUCUUGAGUCACUCAGAGAGCAUUUUCAGUAACAGUCCUCUAAUUAGACCACAAGAGAUGAAUGACAGGCAGGAAACAUUUACACUGCCUGUUGAUUCUCAUUGGUUGAAAAAUAUUUGUCAAGGCUUCGCAAAGGCUUUGAAUGGAUAACAAUGAGGACACAUAAGGAAGGAAAAACAAUAGGUGAAAACUGAGGCAUCGUUUGUAUGGCCAUUAACAGACAAUAAUAGAGUGCAAUUGAACAGUGUGAGGAGGCGGCAGAGGCUGUUUUCACUGACUUCAGCUACCCUGUAGGAAACAGCAGUAGCCUGUUUCUGAAUCAUCAUAUCCUGUCCUCCAGGAUAUCCAACAGUCUUUUUGUCCUCCAAUAUUUAUACUGAUAUACCAGCAAUAUGUUUAAGCAAUAAGGCCUGAGGGGGUGUGGUAUAUGGCCAAUAAACCACGGCUAAUGGCUGUUCUUAAGCACGACGCAAUGUGGAGUGCCUGGAUACAGCCCUUAGCCGUGGUAUACUGGCAAUAUACCACAAACCCCCGAGGUGCCUUAUUGCUAUUAUAAACUGGUUACCAACGUAAUUAGAGCAGUAAAAAUAAAUGUUUUGUCAUACCCAUGGUAUACGGUCUGAUAUACCACGGCUUUCAGCCAAUCAGCAUUCAGGGCUCGACCCACCCAGUUUAUAUUUUAGAUUAUACACUGAGUAUACCAAACAUUAGGAACAGCUUCAUAAUAUUGAGUUGCACCCCCCCAUUUUGCCCUCAGAACAGUCUCAAUUCGUCUAGUCAUGAACUCUACAAGGUGUCAAAAGCGUUCCACAGGGAUGCUGGCCCAUGUUGACUCCAAUGCUUCCCACAGUUGUAUCAAGUUAGCUGGAUAUCCUUUGGGUGGUGGACCAUUCAUGAUACACACAGGAAACUGUUGAGCGUGAAAAACCUAGCAGCGUUGCAAUUCUUGGCACAAAGCGGUGCUCCUGGCACCUACUACCAUACCCCGUUCAAAGGCACUUAAAUCUUUUGUCUUUCCCUUUCACCCUCUGAAUGGCACACAUACACAAUCCAUGUCUCAAUUGUCUCAAAGCUUAAAAGUCCUUCUUUAACCUGUCUCCUCCUCUUCAUCUACACUGAUUGAAGUGGAUUUAACAACAUUGUUCACUCAAUGUACGUGUUUGUCUGUUCCUGUGACAUUGAUUUUUAAUACGCAAUUUAUUUCCAAUUUAGACCCGGAGACAGAAUCGUACUGGCGGACGACUCCAAUGAUGAUUGGUGGAAGGUAUGAAAGUGUUUCACUUUUGGAAGACACACUGUUUAUAUUAAGUGCUUUGUAACACCAGAACACUAGUGGCAACUGAGCUGCCACCAAUGGGAAGGAGACGAAACCUUAACUUUGCUGGAGUAUUGAAAGACAUCAUCUUGAGAUGUUUUGAAACAUUACGUGGUGUGUUGUAACACCCCUUAAUCAAGUGUUGCGCAACACCUUGCCGGAAAUGUUUAAACACUAUUUUGGUGUUUCAAGUUGUAUUUAGUGCAGAAUUAGAUGCCUUCUCCUUUGGUGUCGUUCCCUCUCUCUAUAGCUUCUAAACAUUAUUAUGGUGUUUCAAAUCCUGCCUAAUGCAGAAUUACAUCUCUUCCUCUGGAGUAUUUUUAUGUUUAACAUUGAUUUAUGUAUCUUAUCAUUUGCCAGUUUAACCCAUUAUGGUAGGCAGUGCUUAAUCCACCAGCAAUAACUACAGGUUUUACAGCAAGCAUUGCAGGAUACUGUAUUUGUCUCUACAAUUAAAAGUUGGAAAUGUGGGAAUGGGUUGUCGUGACGUGACCUUCAUUAAUAUGAUGACUGUUAUUUAUCGAAUCAACUAACUAUGUUUAAUUGUUACUCGAUUAAAUUAAUAAUGUUACAAUUAACUCAUUAGGAUUUGGGGCACCACAGAAUAAUUUGUUUAUAGAGUUACCAUCUCCCGAAUUAAACUCUAAAAGGUAUUUACCUAUCAAUAUGAAUAAAACAGUCAACGUAUCAAUCAUUACCUCUUAUCAGUCGUCAUUCUGAAUGGUCGCAGAAUUCUUGGAUCCACAAGAUCCCAGCUUUACCUUUGCUUCAGCACCACACAAAUUGACUGAAUUACUUAUUUACUAGCUAACUAAAUAAUAACACAGAAUACAUACAUACUUAAUACAUGAGAAAAAGCCCUCUUGGAAAGGAGGUUUUGGUUGGGUCUUUGCUCAGCUCACUUGUUAUGAUCUGAUUGUCCACCAGAGGUCACAAUGUCCUUAUUUUUUCUGGCUUGUAGUGGAGUGUACUCAGAGCAGAUACUCUGUGAUUGUCUGCGAUGGGAUUUUCUCCUUCCCACCUCGUGUGGUUAGUCAAAGUUCUAGAUCACUACACGCACAGCUGCAGACUGGCAAUGUUCUGGUCUAGUGAGUUUAUCUUCUUCUCCUCGUGUUGAGAUUCAAAGUUCUAACCAUUUCAAACGUGUGGACUACCGUCUCCACGCUUUCUGGUCUUUCUGGUCUAACCAUUUUAAGCCGUGUAGCCACAGCUCCACGCUUUCUGGUCUCUCUCGUCUAACCAUUUUAAGCUGUGUUGCCACAGCUCUACGCUUUCUGCUCUAAUGUAAAUUUCGUUACCAAGGCUUUUUAUGCACUCUGGUAAAAGGGGCAUUCCUACUUGCUGACACGGUCUCUGAGCUCACUCAGGGUGUGUCUAGUCACCGUGCAUAGCUUAUAUGAAAACCUAUGAUCUCGUUAGAAAACUAAAAUCACAUUCCUAUCUUAACAAAAAUACUCUCGUAAUUCUCCAUAUUAUAUACACAACAUAUUGGAUGUAAACUUGACAUAUAAAGUGUGUAUACUUUCCAAAUUACAGUAUUUUCGUUAUAACAUUUUUUAUGACAUCACAAAAUAAUAAACAAUAUGACAUGAUUAGUCUUUAGCUCCCCACUGACCAUUCCAAACAUUCAGAUGUUAGGAAUAUUGUUUUUGGACAUUAUAGUUUUGGCGGCAAAAGUCUUCUGUAGGACAAAGCACAUUCCUUUCACCAUACUAGAGGGCCAGAGAUAGAUUCUCCUCCUCUCUAAUUUAUGGCAGAGUGUUAAGGUGUCAAGACCAGCUAUAAACCAAUUUUAUUUCUUAACCAUUUGAUAGACACAGUCUGCCCAAAAAAUGUGUGUGUGCAUUUUGAUGCUGCCUUUUAAAUUCACUGAAACUCCAAAAAGUGUUACACUCUCUUAAAAAAACUGUAUUCAGAUUGAAGAACCACUUUGAGUGUUUCAGAGUACUUCUAUUCUGUUUUAAAACACUUUCAAAGCACUUACAUUGGGUUUACCCCCUCCAAACACCAGAUCUCAGGUUAGGUGCACUACUACUACUACUACUUUUCAUGGUGUUUUGAGUCUUUCUAUUUUUACAGUGCACCUAGUACUCAUACUUAAACCACUACACCACACACAAGUCUGCUGCCAUGAUAGUAUAAGUAGUAGCUGUCAUGAUGUAUGACAUUUCCUCUGGAUGAUGGUUCCAGGGCGUGAUCGAGGACAGGAUCGGUUUCUUCCCAGCAGCCUUUGCUCACCAAGUGAAGGCCGGGGACAGAGUGUUCAGGUGUCACCGGACGUUCAUCGGCUGCAAGGAGCAAGGCCAGAUCACCCUGAAGGAGGGACAGGUACGUGAUCCCACUGUUAUAUUAAAAUACAAUAUGGCAAACUACUUUGCAACAAAAAAGGACCCACUUAUGCAUUGAAAUGAUACACAAGCAAACAUGAUUAUUAUUAUCCAUUGUUAAAGAAUGUUUAUUGUUAGUUCCUUAAUUGUUUCCAUGUAUUACUUUAUUUGGCGCAGCUCAUGAUCAAGCCCCAACUACAAGUGGGCAUCAGACAUAGUUCCUCCUCACACCAAUUCCCAUAGGCAAUGGCAAUCCUGGCCACUCAGUCCACAGGUUCACUCCUGGAACAUUCACUUCAAAGCUGGCCAAUUGGGAGUCACCGCCUCUCAGCAGUUUCCAUGGCAUUACCAUUUUGCCAUGGCAAAUGGCUUUGCUGUCUCAAAUCCUUUUCCCAUAAUGCUUUGCAGGGGCAUUUUGGGAUUCAGAGGAGAGUUCAGGCUAGUAACGCCAAAUGGAGAUGCAUUCAUUCCAAAACACUUUGAAGAUGAGUCAGUGACCUCAUAGCUCUGCCUCGAUCCCCAAUGAGUAGGAACAUCCACUCUAUCCAGUCACACAGCCAAUAUUUAUUACAGUGGCCCUAAAGCUACUUUGCCCCUUAGAGCCAAUGUGCAUUGUUAAUUAAAUGUGUGUUAUGAUUAGUUUUCUCUGGCAUCAAGUAAUUCAGUAUGCAAGAAGAUACUUAAACACUUACAUGGAGAGUUGAUUCAAAGUAUUUAAUAUUGCGGUACCGGGUUGACAUAGCAAACGGCCCGUGAGUGGCCCAUUGCUAUAUUAACUAACUGAACAAAGGAAAUCUCUUAGCUUAUAUACUUGUUUGAAAGCUAAUUCUAUCCAACAGGUGCCAACCAUUACUGAGUGUCAUUUCUCGCCACAUAUAGGAUCACCCUAUAUGGUAUCGUGUUGCACCCUAGUCAGGAUAUUCCAUCACAUACUCCUUCCAAGAUUAGCACCAGUGGCCCCCCAGCUAUCUUGGCACGCAUACCUUCUGGCACCCACCUUGACAGAAAUAAAUACAUGGAAUGUCCUCAUCCUCCAAAUCCUUAUGCAGCUCUCAAUAUUCCAAACAUGAACUAAUCCUGUAUAAAAUACGUAAAAUCAAUGUGUUCAAAUGUAUUUUGCUUGUACAAAAAGCAACCAAAUUACGAGAGUAUUCUUCUCUGUUUCACCAGAUUUGUGUAAGCGGUGAGGAUGAACACAGUGGCUUCAUCCGAGUUGCCAGUGGAAAGAAGAGAGGCUACGUGCCCUGUGAUGUCCUGGAGAACAUCUGA